AAAAAGAUUUUUGAGUGAUCCAUCUUCGGCUCGAACUGCUUUGGAGAUGUCGAAAAACAAUGAUUCCAUGAAGGCCUUCAAGAAGGCAAAGAAGGUUGCAGCUGCUCAAAACAUUUCGGCCAAGGUGGCGGGAGAGGGGUCUUCUCAAGUUUCGGUGAAGCUGCCUGUGCCAAGUUCUCCUGGGCCGAGGAAGGUGAUCCCUACUCCUCGAGUUCGUCCGGCUGACCCUCCACAAACUUCUGCUGCCACUUCUGGUGCUCCUCCCAGCAAAAAACAAAAAACAAUUGAGCCUUUCAACCUUGACGCUCCUGACUUUGAUGUAGUGGAGUUUGUUGACCAACAGAUCGGUCCUUAUGGUGCCCUCCCCAUGGAUGAUGUUUCGCUCCUUCGCCAUUUAGAUUUUAUAACUCAGAGCAGCAUCAAGAUGGCCCAUAUGGGGGCUGCCCUGUAUCGGACUGCUCAAAAUCUUCCUCUCCAUGCCACCAAAGCCUUUAUGGAGGAGGCUAAACAAGAGUUUGAUAGGAUGAAGGGCUUGAAGGAGGAGCUUGAGGUGAAGGUGGCCAAACUGGAGAAGGAUUUGAAGAAUGAGAAUGCGAGUUCCUUUGCUCUGGCAGCUUCUGUGUGGUUGGCUGAGGACACAACAUUGAGGCAUAAAGACAGCUACGUUACAGACUAUCAGGAGGGGAUGCAUUUGAAGGAGGAGUUGGAGAAUGCCCGAGCUGAUUACUCUGAGCUCCAGGGUCAUCUUGUUAGCAGUGUGAAUGCUGCUUACGAGAGCCUGAAGGAGCAGGUUCGAAUUAUUGCGCCUGAGGCCGAUCUUACUCUUUUUAGCCUGGAUAAUGUUGUGAGGGAUGGUAAGAUUGUCCCUGAUGACCAGGAUGAUGACGAUGUCGAUCCUCCCCCUGUGCCUUCUGCCAAGGUGUCGGCUUCUAUAGCUCCUCCUGCUGGGAUCGUUCGUCCAGAGUUAGAUCAUGAUUGUCAAAUUCUGAAUAGGGACGACGGUACAGUAGAUGUUGUGCCUCUCCAAGCUCGCCCUCCUUCACCUCGGACUGAUGCUGCCGAGCAGUCUUCUAAUCUUAGCUGAAUUUUCUUGGAUAUUUGUGUAGAUAGCCCGGCUUGUGGGCUUUUAAACUCUUUAUUUUGUACUUUAAAUAUUUUGCUUGACUGUUGAUACUCCUUCUGGUUGCUUGUUCAGCAACUUUUGAUUUUGAAAAAAUAACAAAUAGCUUUCAAGCUUUUGGGCCUGACCCUGAAGCUUGUUAUAAUAUUGUAUUUUAUAUCAUGCUUGUUUGCACUUGUCUUGGCAUCUUUCUGGGUUUUAAGAAUGCUGAAGCCUUGCUGCUUGGCCUCUUUGAAUUGCUUUGUGUUUAUUGCUUGUAGCUUGGAUCCUUUUAGGUUGUGGAUGUGUGGACCCCACUUGUAUUUCGAUUUUCCAGCUCUUGUAUUUAUUUCUAGCAAUCCAUAACCGAUUUCUUUACGUUGGUCUUUUUCCCGUUGUUUUUGUAGUCCUCUUUUUUGGACCUUUGUCAGGUCUCUUUCAGGGACUACUUU